AUGUCCUUUUUUCGCAGGUCCCAUCAAUACCUCGAGCUAGGCUACAACCGAAUCUACGAAGUGUUUCAUUGGUUUCUCAGAAUUACUCUGCUCCGCAUCUUCGACGAUGAUUUCUUGGCCACGCCGAUCACGACCGCUUUGUUUCAGUUUUACGUAUCGGAAAUCGUCAUCUCGCUGGGGGCAGUUGCGAUGCACAUAGUUCGCUACCGUACCGAUCUCGACACGGUAAUACUGAGCGUUUCGGCAUUUGCUGCUGCUUUGGAGGUGUUUCUGAAACUUAACGGGAUGGUGUACCGGCGAAAGGAGAUCAGACAGAUGAUCGGUACGGUGCUGAACGAUCGUAGCUAUCUGAACGGUUCGCUGGAGGCCGCUAUCUGUGGGAAGUAUAUGCGAUUGGCAAGGAAGCUUUUGUUCAUCACGAUCCUGUCUUAUCUUACAACGGCAACAAUGCUAUUAAUCUACCCAAUACUGUCGGGAGGACUUCGAGAACGCAUCCUUCCGGUGGGCUUCUCGAUACCGUUCGUGGAUUACCGUAAAGAUCCAUGGUAUAUGCUCAACUACGUGCUACAGAUCGUCCAGGUAAACUGGGUCGCUUUGGUAUUUGUUGGGCUGGAUGGACCAUUCUAUCUGUUUGUCUGCUACUCGGCCUCACAGCUAGAGAUACUGAUUGUGUAUCUUCGUCAAAUUGGUCAAAGUCCCGAUGACGUAGAGGAACAAAGAAGAUUGAUACGGAAGGUGUACGCUAUGCACACAGAACUUUCAAAAUUCCUUUCGAAAUGUUCCUACAUAUACCGGGAAGUUUACCUGAUGCAAGUCCUCUGCUCGAUCACGCACAUCUGCGUAUCGCUGUUUCACAUCCAGCUCAAGCUGAAAAACGGUUCCUACGGCAUGCUGCUGACCAACGUCAACAAGAUGUGGCUUUUCUGCUACUGUGGCGAACUGGUCGUAAGCAAAGCGGCCGAUUUCAGUACCGCUGUCUACACCAACCAAUGGUACCAGCUGUGGAAUCGUCCCGAUCUUCAGGAUGUACUCUUUAUGCUACAAAAUGCUCAGCGCAACUAUGGCUUCAGCGUUGGUGGGUUUGGAUUUCUUUCCUUUGCCCUCUUUACUGCGGUCAUGAAAACUGCUUACAGCUGUAACGCGUUCCUGCACCGAGUGAUGAACUAG